AUGACUUGCUUCGGUGGACGCGAAGAGCAAAUUUAUCAACUUGAAAUAACAGUUCAACGUCUGAGACCUACAAAACACGAAUUCGAAUGUUUGUUUGGUGGAGUAGCGCCAGACAUACAUCUAUCAUGCCUGAAACUCCCAAAAUUCAUAGUAACACAGCCAUCUGAACAUGCUUUAUGCAAUAUGGAAGAUUACAACGAAGUCGAUGGUAUAUAUUACGGUGCUGGGUUAUCAUGUUUAUUUGCCCGAAAGCCUCGAGAUAUUGUGGCCGAUAUGAAAGCUUGCAAUUUGAUGGUGAGGAUUUUCAAAAAAUGCGAACUUUUCCACGUUGCCCAAGUCGAUAUACCAAUGAAAGGGUGUUUUUGCGAUCAAAUGACAAUGGUUGAUAAUGAUGAUGCCCACAAGCCUAAACCCUUUGAAAUCAAUGGUCUUUACGAUAUCGUGGAUGUAGGAGAAAAUUACUUGGGAUCGAUCAAAUUGCAUUUAAGACUUUCUUUACUUGGGCAAUACGUUAUAACAAAUUAUGAGCUAAGAGAAAAUGAUUGUCUUUAUAAGUACAAAAAAGGACCCGAAUUAAUUGUCACAAGUGUCAAAGAAGAAGAAAACGAAGACAGGAGACUCAAAGCAAUAAGCAUCAUGAUUACACCGGAUAAUCACGAAUCCACGAAGCUUACCAGUUCGAACUUAACUGAUCAAGUGAAAAAGCGUCAGGGUAAAAAUUCACAAUCAACAAUCAUCGAUGCCCGAAGAAUGCGUGGAGGUGGUUGUGGUGCACAGUUUCUCGAAGGUUUUACCAAGACCCCUGAUUCUCGACGAUUGAUGGCUGGAGGCUGCGGAGAAAUUUAUUCUGAUGCUGGAUGUUGCGGUGGCCGCAGUGGGGCAAGUCAAGUGAACAAUAUAAUCGAAUUUGGUGAUGAUUUUAAGCAAUGGAACACUUCUGUUGGGCCAGCCUACUUGGCUCAAAAUAAAUGUAACAUGAAAAACGUCGAAAAAAAUAAUGUCCAAUUUAAUUGCCCUGACAAUCAACAGCCUUUGGAUGCUAUGCUGAGAAAAAAAGGCAAUUCCGUAUGUUCGAAGAAACCAUGCAUGGGCACCAAUUGUCUAAUAAAAGCUUUCAAUGAUGCCCAAGACUUCGUUAAUAGUAUUGGUAAAGUUCCGGGACUGGCAGGUUUAGGUAUAAUCGAAAGUCCUUACUUUGGCCAAGCAAAAGAAACUAAAACUAUCAAGUCGGAAUUUAAACCAACGCCAAACAAAGCACCGGAAAUCGCUUCCACUAAUCGAAAUGCAGAUAAUCCAAGAAAAUCAAAUCAAAGUACACCGUUUCCUAGUAACAAUAAAUCUCUAGUUCAAGAAGGUAAUGCAACUUUUCCAGAUUCCCAAAGCAUCGCUCAAUCAAAACAAAAAAAAAGUGAAAAAGUAGAAAAGCAAAAAGAUGUAGAAAACCUGCCACCUCCUGCUCCUGCCAAUGAAGAUGCGCCAUGCGGUGAUCCCACGUGCAAAUCGAAACCAAAAAAAAAUACAACAGAGGAAGGCACAUCGCAUACCAAUGAGAAAACCGAUAAUCAGGAUAAAAAUCCAUCUCAUAAAACAAAUAGAGGUAGAGCGCCACCUCAACAGGCUGGUGAAAAAAGUCAGAAAUCCAAAAAUCCCAAACAAUUCGUUUAUUCUUAUGGAAAUUCUUACCCUAAAUCUGUAUACGGACAUAAAGAUUGUAAUUCCGUGAGGCCUUUAGUUCCAGCACGUAUGGGAUGGAUGUGGAAUAAAACUGAUACUAUUGGACACUUGAAACCUAGAACUGGUUGGAAACCUGGAGCUAUUAGUGUGCAAAUGAGAGAUCUUUUAAAAGAAGCAAGAGAUGGCUUCUUCAAACAAAAAUCAAGACCUGUUUCAGCUCCAACUAAUUCUAAAGGAGCGAAAGGAAAACCUCAAAAGACCAUAAGCAGUUUCGCAAUGAUGAAAGGAGCUCAGGAAGACGAAAAUGAAGAAGAAGUUGAAUUCCCACCAACCCUUCACAUUCACAGAAAAGAUGGAGUGUAUUAUGUCACCAUGUACCCUAUCAGAAACGAAAAUGAUACAGAUAAACUAGAUGAACCAAUAAAUCCUUUACAAUUCAAGAUAGUAAAGAGUAAAACUUCCAUAGCUUCGAGCUCUACUGCAUCUGACAUGGAAAUAGAAUUUUCACCCCCAGCUGCAGUGAACCGUUUGAAAAAGAAACCAAACGUUGUGCAUGUGGAUACACAAGUUCAGCAACAAGAAAUUCUCGACGCAUGUAAAAGACCUUCGGAUGGCAAAAAAGGAGACAAAAAUGGCAAACAAAAUGGAAAAAAUAAAAAGAAAUAGAAAGAUU